CGCCAUGAUAUCGAUGUGCACUUACUCUAAAAAUAUUUAUAUCGCACCAAAUUUUAUUGUGUGUAAGCUCUUCCAAUUUUUUUUCGGCAUUGCUUGGCAAUAUUGUUUGCCGCAAAUUUCCCCGAAAUUUGUGCAAGCGCUGCGUCACAAGACUGAUUAGUAAUGGUCGUAAAUAAAUUAUAUGUUGUAAAAAGAGAUGGACGAAGUGAAGAUGUUCAUUUGGACAAAAUAACAUCGCGGAUUUCAAAAUUAUGUUAUGGGCUUCAUAUGGAUUUUGUAGAUCCGGUGAAAAUCACAGUACAAGUUAUAAACGGGAUUUACUCUGGUGUUACUACUCAAGAGUUGGAUAAUUUAGCUGCAGAUAUUGCUGCAAGUACAACAACAACUCACGUUGACUAUGCAAUAUUAGCAGCGAGAAUAGCUGUUUCCAAUUUGCACAAAGAAACUAAAAAAUCUUUUUCUGAUGUGAUAGAUGAUCUAUACAAUCAUGUUAAUAAGGAAACAAAAGAAAAGCAACCAAUCAUAUCUGAUUUCUAUUAUGAAAUUGUUAAAUCAAAUGCGGAUCGUUUAAAUUCGGCUAUUAUUUAUGAUCGUGACUUUGGUUAUAAUUACUUUGGAUUUAAAACGUUAGAACGAUCGUAUCUUCUCAAAAUAAAUGGGAAAGUUGUGGAAAGACCCCAACACCUGUUGAUGAGAUGCUCGAUUGGUAUACAUGGAAAUGAUAUAGAAGGAGCAAUUGAAACUUAUAAUCUUCUCUCCGAGCGGUACUUUACGCAUGCAUCGCCAACUCUGUUUUCCGCUGCCACUAGAAGACCACAACUUUCAUCGUGUUUCCUGCUUACUAUGGUUGAUGACUCCAUUGAGGGUAUUUUCAAGUCAGUUGAACAAUGUGCUAAGAUAUCGAAAUCAGCUGGAGGCAUUGGAUUAAAUAUUCAUUGUAUUCGAGCUAAAGGCACUUUUAUAACCGGAACAAAUGGUGUUUCAAAUGGAUUAGUACCAAUGUUAAAAGUUUUUAACAAUGUGGCAAGAUAUGUUGACCAAGGCGGUGGUAAAAGGCCUGGAGCUUUUGCCAUUUACCUAGAACCUUGGCAUCCCGAUAUAUUUGACUUUUUAGAUCUUAAAAAAAACACUGGUAAAGAAGAAAACCGAGCUCGAGAUUUAUUUUAUGCACUCUGGAUUCCUGAUUUAUUUAUGAAACGUGUUGAAGCUAAUGAAAAUUGGUCUCUAAUGUGUCCUAAUAAAUGUCCCGGCUUGCAUGAAGUUUGGGGUAAAGAGUUCGAAGACUUAUAUACAAAAUAUGAAAAUGAAGGUAAAGCAAAUAAAACAAUCAAAGCCCAAGCACUUUGGUUUGCCAUAGUGGAAGCACAAAUUGAAACUGGGACUCCAUAUAUGCUAUAUAAAGACUCUUGCAAUCGCAAAAGUAAUCAACAAAAUUUGGGAACUAUUAAGUGCAGUAAUUUAUGCACAGAAAUAAUUGAAUAUUCUGCUCCAGAUGAAGUUGCCGUUUGCAACUUGGCGUCUAUAGCACUAAAUAUGUUUGUGACCAGUGAAAGAACUUAUGAUUUUCAGAAGCUUAAAUAUAUAAGCAAAGUUGUGACUAAAAAUUUAAAUAAAAUAAUUGAUGUCACCUAUUAUCCGCUGCCCGAAGCAAAAAAGUCAAACUUUCGCCAUCGUCCUAUCGGUAUUGGUGUGCAGGGUUUUGCUGAUACUCUAAUUUUGAUGCGUUAUCCAUAUGAAACUGAAAAAGCAUUUUUAUUGAAUCAACAAAUAUUUGAAACAAUUUAUUAUGGUGCUUUAGAAGGUAGUUGUGAGUUGGCUAAAGAAUUUGGGCCUUACGAAACUUACGAAGGAAGCCCUGUAAGUAAAGGUAUUCUUCAGUAUGAUAUGUGGAACAAAACUCCUACUGAUCUCUGGGAUUGGUCAGAAUUAAAAAGCAAAAUUGCACAAUAUGGUGUUAGAAAUUCUCUUCUUAUCGCUCCAAUGCCUACAGCAUCAACAGCUCAAAUAUUAGGAAAUAAUGAAUCUUUUGAGCCAUAUACAUCGAAUAUAUAUACAAGAAGAGUGUUAUCUGGUGAAUUUCAAGUUGUUAAUAAUCAUUUAUUAAAAGAUCUUACUGAACUGGAACUAUGGAACGACGAAUUAAAAAAUUCAAUACUAUUGAAUCGAGGAUCGAUUCAAAAUAUUGAAGAAAUACCAAAGUUUUUACGUGACGUAUAUAAAACUGUAUGGGAAAUUCCUGUUAAGGCUAUUAUAAGAAUGGCAGCAGACAGGGGUGCUUUUAUUGAUCAAAGUCAGUCAUUCAAUAUUUAUGUGGCAGAGCCAAAUUAUGCAAAAUUAACUUCAAUACAUUUUUACGCAUGGAAAGCUGGAUUAAAAACUGGAAUGUACUAUCUAAGAACAAAACCAGCAGCUAAUGCUAUUCAGUUUACUGUGGAUAAAAGUAGCCCUGAUGCUACUGACAUAGAAAAUCCGAUAUUAAAUAAAAAUGAAGAUUUUGCUUUUCAAAACGUUAGAAAAAUGGCGGAUAUAAUAUGCUCACUCGAAGAUAAUUUCAAUUGCUUAUCAUGUGGAGCUUAGUGUUAGUAU